AUGGCGAGUAGCGCGGACGCAGUUGUGCAAAUAGUGGAACUUUUACAAACUAACAAAUAUGCAAUACUUGUUGAUGAAAGUACAGAUAUAUCAACAACAAAGCAGUUAGCCAUUGUUGUUAGAGUAUUGAACUUUAAAAAGAAUGUUGAUGAUAAAUUUCUACAACUGUUGGAUGUAGAAGAUUCCAGCGCUGAAGGUUUAUUUCAGCUUUUAAAUAAAUUUUUUGAAACAAAUGGUAUCCCAUUUUCAAAUAUGCUGGGUUUUGCUGCAGACAAUGCAUCAGUCAUGAUGGGUGAAAUGGGAGGGUUAAAGGCAAAACUCCUUCAGAAAGUACCUGAUUUAUUUGUAAUUGGAUGUAUUUGUCACUCCUUACAUCUGUGUUCCUCAGCAGCUUGCAAAAAGCUCCCCAAAGCAGUUGAGGAAUUGUGUAGAGACAUACAUGUCUACAUAAAUCAUAGCCCAAAGCGGCUCAUCAAGUUUCAAGAAUUUCAGGAAUUUGUUGAUGUUGUAUCACACAGAAUUCUGACUGCUAGCCAAACAAGAUGGCUUUCUUUAGAAUCAGUAGUUAAUAGAAUUUUAGAACAAUGGCCGGCACUCAUCCUUUUCUUCCAAGCAGAAGCCUUGGAAGCUAGUGUAAAGUCUGCUGCAGCAAUACUUGAUGCCCUUAACAAUCCUAUUUACAAACUUUAUUUCUCUUUUUUAAGUUAUGUUUUGCCUAUCAUCAACAAGAUGAACAGAGAAUUUCAGAUUGAAAAAUUUAAGUUGAAUAUAUUCAUCUCUAAUCUCAUCAUUCCACCACGGCGUACUUUUAUGCUUUCUAGCACUUGUUCUAAUGCUCCGGAACGAUCCCGAGGCACUUGUAGUAUCAAGAUCAAGAUCAAGAUAGCGCGGGAGCGGAGGCGUGAUGUGUAUACUUAA